CCGGGCUUUUACAAACCUGGAGGACUAAAGAGGGAGCCGCGACGCCGUAGCAUCGACCACCAUUUUCCAGUCCUUCACUUUUUUUUUUAAUUGAGUUUCCGCUUUUCGAAUUUGCUCCGUCGCCGUCGCUAAGCUUCUCCUCCGAUUCUCCGUCUACUCUUGGAUCGCAGAUAUGAACGCCCCGGUUCUCGUUCUCAAGGAUUCGUUGAAGCGCGAAUCUGGAACAAAGGUUCACCAUGGCAAUAUUCAGGCUUCUAAGGCUGUGGCUGAUAUCAUACGCACCACAUUGGGUCCCCGCUCUAUGUUAAAGAUGCUUCUUGAUGCUGGUGGAGGAAUUGUUGUUACCAAUGAUGGAAAUGCUAUUUUGCGUGAACUAGAUGUUGCUCACCCUGCAGCUAAGUCGAUGAUUGAGUUGAGCCGCACACAGGACGAAGAAGUCGGUGAUGGGACUACAUCUGUCAUUGUUCUUGCUGGUGAAAUGUUACACGUUGCCGAAGCAUUUAUUGAGAAGAGUUACCAUCCCACAGUCAUCUGCCGAGCUUAUAAUAAGGCUCUCGAGGAUGCUAUCGCUGUUCUUGACAAGAUUGCCAUGUCAAUCGAUGUCAAUGACCGUGCAACGGUACUAGGAUUAGUCAAGAGCUGCAUAGGAACAAAAUUCACUAGCCAAUUUGGAGAUCUGAUUGCUGAUUUGGCUAUUGACGCCACCACUACUGUUGGUGUUGAUCUUGGACAAGGAUUGAGGGAGGUUGAUAUCAAAAAAUACAUCAAGGUUGAGAAAGUUCCUGGCGGCCAGUUGGAGGACUCCAAGGUUCUCAAAGGAGUCAUGUUUAACAAAGACGUAGUUUCUCCUGGUAAAAUGAAGAGAAAGAUAAUUAACCCACGGAUUAUUCUUCUUGACUGCCCUCUUGAGUACAAGAAAGGUGAAAACCAAACCAAUGCUGAGUUGGUUAGAGAAGAGGACUGGGAAGUUCUGCUGAAACUGGAAGAGGAGUACAUCGAGAACAUCUGCGUGCAAAUACUGAAGUUCAAACCCGAUUUGGUAAUUACAGAGAAGGGACUUAGCGACUUGGCCUGUCACUACUUCAGUAAAGCCGGGGUUAGUGCAAUCCGAAGGUUGAGAAAGACGGACAACAACAGAAUCGCCAAGGCAUGUGGAGCUGUGAUUGUGAACAGGCCUGACGAACUUCAAGAGUCUGAUGUUGGUACCGGCGCUGGCUUGUUUGAGGUCAAGAAAAUAGGAGACGAUUUCUUUGCCUUCAUUGUUGAUUGCAAAGAACCCAAAGCAUGUACCGUACUCUUAAGAGGACCAAGUAAAGAUCUUCUCAACGAAGUGGAAAGAAACCUUCAGGAUGCCAUGUCUGUUUCAAGAAACAUCAUCAAGAACCCAAAGCUUGUUCCUGGUGGCGGAGCCACUGAAUUAACCGUUUCUGCCACUUUAAAACAGAAGAGUGCAACAAUUGAAGGAAUCGAAAAGUGGCCGUAUGAAGCAGCUGCUAUAGCUUUUGAGGCUAUCCCGCGUACUCUAGCUCAGAACUGUGGAGUUAACGUGAUCAGAACUAUGACAGCAUUGCAAGGAAAGCACGCAAAUGGGGAGAAUGCUUGGACUGGAAUCGAUGGAAACACAGGUGCAAUAGCUGACAUGAAAGAGAGCAAGAUAUGGGAUGCUUACAAUGUGAAGGCGCAAACGUUUAAGACAGCGAUUGAAUCGGCGUGUAUGCUUCUGAGAAUUGAUGAUAUAGUGAGUGGUAUCAAGAAGAAGCAAGCUACUGGAGCUGGACCUUCGAAACCUACCAUUGAGACAGAAGGCGAUGCAGACAACGAGCAAAUACUUCCCGACUAGAAAGACAUUGCUUAUCCUCUUUUUGUUGUUGUUUAAUUUGCUAUUUUAGUUUGAAAUGUUUUGUGAAACUUGAAACUCCCUCCAGUAUCUGAUAUGAUUUUGUGUUUUGAUGAGUGGAGUGAGUAUUAUUGAAGCCUAAACCGGAUUGGUUGUUUUGUUUUGUUCUCCUUGCGUUUGGUAUAGCAAGCAAAACAGAUAAUCUUUUGUGGAACCAAUAGACUCUGAAACCUGAAUGGGAUGUUGGCAAUGGUGAGGUUAUAUAAACACA